AUGGCUGGUACAGGAGCUCGAGAAAACGUUUUCGCCACUCGUAUGGCACUCACGAAUACCAAGCUUCGUCUCAAAGGAGCACAAACUGGUCAUUCACUGCUAGCGAAGAAACGAGAUGCAUUGACGACACGGUUCAGGGCUAUUCUCAAGAAAGUCGACGAUGCCAAGAGAAAAAUGGGCCGAGUAAUGCAGCUGGCGUCGUUGUCGAUGGCGGAAGUCACCUACGCGACAGGGGAUAUAUCAUAUCUUGUUCAAGAACAAGCUAAAUCGGCGUCGUUUAGAGUAAAGUCUAAACAGGAGAACGUAUCGGAUGUUGUGCUUCCUGCGUUUGAGGUCGACCGGGUGUCGGAAUCUGACUUCAACCUCACUGGUCUCGGUCGCGGCGGACAACAAGUUUUACGAGCGAAAUAA